GUCUGGGUCGUGAUGCUCCUCCAGGAGUACCCAGCCCGCCUUCCCAGAGGCCACAAGCCGCGUGGAGACCCUUCGCGGAAGCUCGUUCAUUUUUCCCAUCUUCUACCUCGUGGGGGUCUGCAUCACCUUCGAGCUCGUGAAGGCUUUCACCAUCGAGGUCUUCAUGGCCCUGAACGGGGAGGAGAAGGGGGACAAGCUGGAGAAGGAGAAGGGCAAGGAAGACAGGAAGCCCUCGAGAGUCGACGACAUGAAGAAGAGGAUCGCCAUGGAGCUGAGGAGGCAGGGGCAGUCCUUCCACCUCUCGCUCAUCGGCAGCCUCGAGGCCUACCACGAGAGCAUCGAGGUCCUCUUCCCGGAGGAGGGGCACCACCACGGCGGCCACGGGCACGAGGGCCACGAGGGCCACGGCGAGUGCGCGGGCCAUGGCGGCGGCCACGGCGGCGGCCACAGCGGCGGCCACGGCGGCGGCCAUGGCCACGGCGGCGCCGAGCACGGCGGCAACCGCGAAGGCAGCCACCACGGAUAGCGCCACCGUCUGACGCCCGCCGCGGCCCCGCCCACCGCCAGCAUGCGUCCUUGGAGCGCGAGCUGUGGCGCCUCGUGGGGCCUCGUGUCUCUGUGCCCCGAUCUUCUUCUUCCUCCUCCUCCGGCCCCUUUGGUUCUGCAGUCCGUCUGCCCCGCCCCGCCCCGCCCCGGCGUUUGUUCCCCCCGUGCCGAUUUCCGCCCGAGCCAUUUCGUGGACGGGGCCCUUGCGUACGACUGCUUAGCUUCCGCGCCGCCAUUCUGGUUAUGAGCCCGAGAGCGCGACUUCUCGGGCGCUCCGGAGGGCGCCGCAAUCGGUUUUAUUAAGGGUCCGACGCUCGCUGCGACCGCGGUAUGAGCAGAAGCGCGUGCGAGCGCUCAGAGUGGCUGCAAUACCCUCUGUGCCGCCUGGAGGGGCCCGAUGUAUGCACUUCAUCGCCUGGUCAUCCACGGAGCCGCCCGCUUCCGUUAUGGAGUUCGUUGCAUGGAUGCGCUCCAGCACCCCGUAGUUUGUGAAGCUGGGGCGUCUAUACACCGACCUCCUCGGCCGACCAGUCGACGUAGUGCAUGCUUCGAACUCAGCGAUGGUGUCUUACUGUUC